AUGGCUGCUCCGGCCCUCUGUCCUCUCACGUCGGGCUCGCCUCCCCGCAGCUCGCGUCUGCAGGUCAUCCGCAAGCCUAGUCUUCGAAUCCGGCAGGCGGUUCGCGACAACAAUGUCCCAUUGCUCAUGAGGCUGCAACACAAGGGAGACCUGCGCAACACAGAUAAGGCGCGGUUGACGAGCUUGGCAUGGGCCGCACUCGAGUUGAGCGUCGAAGUCUUUGAGUGGCUGCUCCUCGAGUACGGUCACGACGAUUUUGAGCUCUCGAGAGAUGCGGACAACAAUAACAUUUUCCACUUUCUUGCUGCCGCGCCCGCCCCCCCAGGGCUUUCACCCUUCACGAAUCAGCUCUUCUCUGACCCGCUCUUCCCACCGCGGCCCCCGCUUCCAACUGAGCAAGCGAUUGAGCUAAGCCUCCGCAUGACCGAAGUGUACUAUGACCUCUUCCGUAUCGUCGAUUGGUCCAACUCGUCGGGCAAAACGCCCCUCCAUUAUGCGGCACAGGUGGACAACUCGCCAUUUAUCGACCUCUUCUGUGAGCUAGGCGCGGACGUUGACCUCGCCGACCUACAGGGCAAUACCCCGCUUCACUAUGCCAGCGCAUGGGGACACCUGCAGAGCGUACGAGUUCUGCUGGAGCGAGGCGCACAGAUGGGUUUGCGCAACCUGGAAGGAUUCACGCCGGCCGACUAUGCGUACUCCAAUUCCGCACGCGUCUCUCUCGACAACAUGGCUCGGGAGGUGAACGAGGAACGCCGAGCGCGGCGCAAGGAAGCGAAGCGGCUGGAGCGCCAGGCGCGCGAGAGGGAGGAGAGAGAGCUGGUGGCCGCGCAGGAAGCAUGGGAGCGCCAGCAGGCCGAGACUCGUGAGCAGGAAGAGCGCGAGCUCGCAGAGGCGCAAGAGGAGUGGGAGCGCCAACAAGCUGCGCGCGAGCGAGAACGUGAAGCUACCUCUAUGCGGAUAGCUCAGGUAGCGGGGUCCGACAUGUCCAGCGAUUGCCAUGGAAGGGAAUCGGAUACAGGGACGAGGCCGGAUUACUUUCAAGCACAAAACCAAGGCGGAUUAGACCGCUCCUUAGAGGAGCAGUUUCGGGGGACGGGCUACGAUGUACCUCGCAGUGUCUCUGCAGCCGCCAAUGCCGCUACCCAAGCACGCGACCGCCGCGGGUCAAGCCGAUCCGAGCGCACGCCUGUGUCGAACGGUGCCUGCGUGCGCGAUGGUUCGCCGACGCCGCAACGCAGGAUGGGAAUGCCAAGACUCGCGGUCGCAGGUCCGACACCACCGCAAGCCUCCGCACUCGGCCCGCCGCAGCAGCCUCCAACGCCGACAUUGCCCCAAACCCCUAUUCGACGCACUCCCCAUCCCACUCCGCCAAGGUCGCCUUUCCCGGUCCAACCGGGCAUGCGACGGACGGACUCGACGCACAGUGCCAACAACAACGCGCCCCUUCUGCAGAACAUCUUUUAA